GGAACGCGCGACUGGGUUGGUCAAGAUUUGCUGUUGCGUGACUAUAUCUUUCAAACGAUCACCGACGUCCUGAAACGCCACGGCGGCAUUCCCCUCGAUACCCCCGUAUUCGAACUUCGAGAUAUUCUUUCCGAGAAGUACGGCGAAGACUCACGAUUGAUAUAUAAUCUCGAGGACCAGGGCGGUGAACUUUGUUCGCUCAGAUAUGAUCUUACUGUCCCAUUUGCUCGAUGGCUUGCCAUGCACAGCAAUGUGAAGCAGAUAAGACGGUAUCAGAUCGCUAAGGUUUACCGCCGUGACCAACCUGCUAUUGCCCGCGGUAGAUAUCGCGAGUUUUAUCAAUGUGAUUUUGAUAUUGCGGGGAUUUAUGACCCUAUGAUCCCUGAUGCUGAGAUUCUCUCAUUCAAUUUUGAUAUGAUCAUCAAAUUGAACCACAGGCGCAUCUUGGAUGGUCUAUUCACUGCUGCAGGUGUCCCCGAGGAUAAGAUACGGCCUGUCAGCUCUUCAGUUGAUAAGCUGGAUAAGCUUCCAUGGGCAGAUGUGAAGCAGGAGAUAGUGGAAACAAAAUCAAUCCCUGACGAUGUUGCGGAUCGUAUUGGAAAGUAUGUUAUGCAAAAUGGGUCUUUGCGCGAGAUGAUCGACACGCUUCGUGCGGACGAAUCGCUUUCCGACCAGAAGGAUAUCAAAGUCGGAGUUGACGACAUGGAGCUCUUAUUGUCGUAUCUUGAGGCUAUGGGUGUUGCGGACAAGGUGUCUUUCGACCUGUCACUCGCUCGUGGCCUGAACUACUAUUCCGGGCUGAUCUUUGAGGUUAUUCCAAAGGCCUCGACCCAGGUCGGUAGCAUCGCCGCCGGAGGCCGGUAUGACGGCCUCGUCGGCAUGUACGGAAAGCAGCCAGUGCCCUGUGUUGGCAUCUCGUUUGGCGUUGAUCGAAUCUUCACCAUCUUGGCUGCCCAGCGGAAAAAGAGCACAUCUGAGCUUGAGCACGAGACGGACGUCUUCAUCAUGGCCUUUGGAAGCAAGGAGUCUGGCGGCUAUAUUUUGGAACGUAUGAAGAUUGCUCGGGAGCUGUGGGCCGCUGGCAUUCGUGCUGAAUUCUCUGCCAAAGUCAAGCCUCGGGUGCAGGCGCAAUUCAACGCGUCCAGUCGGGCCCGCCUCACGGUUAUCUUGGGCCAGGAGGAGAUGGAAAACGGGCAAGUAAGGCUGCGCUCUGCAUUGGAGAGUGACAAGGAUCAGAAGGACAGAGGAGAGCUCAUUCCGAGGGAGAAAGUGGUAGAAGAGGUACAAAAGCAGCUGUCAGCACUUUCAGCUACAUCUGAAUAUAUUAGCAUAGACAAAUCAUGA